GACUUGGGCUGUGUGAGAGGGUCGUGCAAGUGUUGGAUGUUUUGCAAAUGUUACACGUACCAGCCUUAGAUUUGAGACGCCUUUCUUCACUGGAAGUGGAAUAACUAGCGACUUUAAGAGCGAGUUUCUUCCUUAAAACGUCUUUCACGACCUCGGGUGAUCACCAAAAAUGAAUUUUGGAAGGAGACCAAACAGAGGAGGAGGAAACUUCAACAAAUCUCGUAGUGGUACAGGAGGAGGAAGUAGGAAAGCCUCAGGAAAAGCAUGGGAUGAUGGGGAUGAUUUUAGUUUUGCCCAAAAACCAACUGUCCCAACCAGGACUCGGAAUAGAGGAAAAGGAAAAUCUGGAGUUGGAACUGGGGCCAGAAGUGGAACAGGAGCCAGAUCUGGAGUUGGAAGUAGAGGAGGAGCCACAUCCGGAGUUGGAAGCAGAGGAAGAACAAGAACUGGAAUUGGAAGUGCAGCAAGAACAGGAAUUAGGAAAUUUGCUAAUGAAGGGAUCGAGGACCAAUCAGAGUUCAACUUAUUUGGCAAUAUAAAAUCACAAAGCUCAAAAAGUGAUAGCCAAAGGGGAGGAAGACUUGGAUCCAAAUCCAAUGAUCACCGAGUGCUUUUGCAGACUAUAAACAUGACCACUGAAAACCAGAAGGAUGUCAAGCAACUUCUCCAAGAACUGCAAAAUUAUGAAAAGGAAGUUGCAGUUCAAAGUGACAAUUCUGAAGAGGAAUGUGAGGUGAAGGAAGAGUAUGAUGAACUGGAUUACAGAGAUGAGGAUCAGUACUGGUCCACGAAGGAAGAGGGUUUGGCAGUUGCUGAAAAUGUUCCCUUGGUGCAUUAUCCUGUUGAACAACAAACCAGUUUUGAGCAAUCUGAGAUCUCUCCUUUUGCUGUGCGGAAGCUGACUAGGUUUGGUUUUCAUGCAGAACAUUGCAAAGCAGCUCUCAAGAUGUUUGAUGGAGAUGUAGGAACAUCUUUGGAACAACUGUUGCAACUGUGCUUUAGGGAAAAGUUCAAAGAUAGAAUCAAGGCCCCUCCCAGAUCUGGUAGUAUUAGCUUAGAGGAUUGUGUGGAGCGGAGACAAGAAGAAGCACUGGUUCUUAGCUCCAUAUAUGAGAACAAAUUCUCUGAACGUAUUCAAAACCGGAUCUGGACUAUUGAAUUGGCACUUGCAUUCUUGACACAGAGACUUAAUAAAUCUGCAAGAUGUGAGACUGCAGACGUGGCUGUGAAAGACGUUUGUCAGUAUUAUCUCAAAGGCGGUUGCCGUUUUGGGUCAAGAUGUAAGUUCAGACAUGAGCUCCCUUCAAAGAGAGAAAGGAAAGAGGAUAGCCAUUUGCGUUGUGACAGCAAUGCACUCCUGUAUAUGCUUGAGAUCCGAUUUCCGCCUGAUAAUAGAUAUCCGUAUGAGGCCCCACUUUUAGCCUUCUCUUCGACUAAUGACUGCCUGCCUCAAGCUUGCCGUUUGCACAUAACUGAACAUCUCUAUGGAGAGGCCUUGCUAGCUGCAAAAACUCAAGAACCAGUGGUUCACACUUUGAUCAUGUGUUUGGAAAAUGAAGUGAAAAUGAAUGAACUGCUUCUUGAAACUGCCCAUAAAUACAGUGUGCCUCCUGUUCCACACACGCUCUUGCCUGAACAAACUAAUGGUGAACAAACACCGCGUAAAUAUCCUCUUGAUCAGCAACUGGCAGUUAAACCUGAUACUGGAGCAGAAUUGGAUGAUGAUGACUUACAGGAAGAAGAGCCUGAGGCUGUGAUUAUGGAAACGGAGAGUUAUGUGUAUCUUAAGAAGAAACAGUUGAAGAAGUAUAACUGGAAACUAGAGAAUGUAUAUAAGGAAAACCAAAAACUCUGUAAACAAUUUCAAGUGAAACAGUCUUCCAGACAAUAUCAGGCAAUGUUCCAGGAAAGGAAGAAACUUCCAGCGUUUCGUGAGAGAGACACAAUCUUGAAUUUACUGAACAAGGCCCAAGUCCUGGUAGUGAGUGGUAUGACAGGAUGUGGAAAGACAACACAGAUUCCUCAGUUUAUCCUGGAUGAUUCUCUUUACGGUCCUCCGGCAAUGGUUGCCAACAUCAUAUGUACUCAACCUCGAAGGAUUUCUGCUAUUUCUGUAGCUGAGCGUGUAGCCAAAGAACGGAUCGAGAGGCUAGGAAGUAGCGUAGGAUACCAGAUUAGACUUGAAAGUAUGAAGACUUCCUCUACUAGGUUGCUUUACUGCACUGCAGGAGUGCUGCUCAGGCGACUGGAAGCAGACCCAGAUCUCCAAGGCGUGUCCCAUGUUAUUGUAGAUGAAGUUCAUGAAAGAACAGAGGAAAGUGACUUUUUGCUCUUGGUGCUGAAGGAUCUGAUAGUGUCUCGGCAUGAUCUGCGUGUUAUCCUGAUGAGUGCUACUCUAAAUGCACAGCUGUUUACAGAGUACUUCAAUUCUUGCCCCAGUAUCCACAUUCCAGGACAUACUUUUCCAGUGGCUCAGUAUUUCCUGGAAGACGCACUUACUAUGACUAGAUAUGUUUUGGAAGAUAAAAGCCCCUAUGCACGAACAGGGAAGCUAAACCAGUAUGCUGAGCUUUGGGGAGCUAAAGGUGAAAAUAACAAGAAGUUGUUGGACACAUUUGAGGAACAGCUAAGAUCUUUACAUCUACAAGAUCAAUCGUCAAUCAAGGACAGCAUCCCAGACCAGCAUCUGACUGUUGAUCAACUGAUGAUCCGAUACAAAGGGAUUAGUAAGUCAGUAUUAAAGACUAUGGCUAGAAUGGACCUGGAUAAGAUCAAUUUGGACCUAAUAGAAGCUCUACUCGAGUGGAUAGUGGAUGGAAAACACAAUUACCCUCCAGGUGCUGUUUUAAUAUUUUUGCCUGGCCUGGCAGAAAUCAAGUUACUAUACGAACAACUUCAGUCUAACCCGUUUUUCAACAACAGGCGUGACAAAAGGUGUGUGAUACAUCCACUGCACUCUUCACUGUCCAGUGAGGAGCAACAAGCUGUCUUCUCACGUCCUCCUAAAGGCACUAUCAAGAUUAUAAUUUCCACCAACAUUGCUGAAACAUCAGUUACCAUUGAUGAUGUUGUUUAUGUUAUUGAUUCUGGGAAGAUGAAAGAAAAGAGGUAUGACCCAUGCAAGGGAAUGGAGAGCCUCGAGGACACCUGGGUGUCAAGGGCUAAUGCCCAGCAGAGGAUGGGCCGAGCUGGCCGUGUAGCCUCAGGGGUCUGUUUCCAUCUGUUUACCAGUCACUGGUACCGUAACCAACUACAGGAGCAGCAGUUGCCAGAGAUCAAAAGGGUGCCACUGGAACAGCUUUGUCUAAGGAUCAAAGUUCUGGACAUUUUUGCAGAUCAUGACUUAGAGUCUGUUCUUUCUCGUCUGGUCGAACUGCCCAUGGAAGAAGGGUUGAAAGCAGCUAAGAAUCGACUGCAGGAUCUUGGGGCCCUCACACCAGAUGAAAAGCUUACUCCCUUGGGGUAUCACUUGGCCUUUUUACCAGUGGAUGUCCGCAUUGGAAAACUAAUGUUAUUUGGUGCCAUUUUCCGUUGCCUUGAUCCUGCACUUACCAUUGCAGCCAGCUUAGCCUUUAAAUCCCCCUUUGUUUCUCCGUGGGAUAAGAAGGAAGAAGCCAGAGUAAAGAAGUUGGAAUUUGCUGUGGCACAUAGUGACUUCCUUGCUUUUCUCCAGGCCUACAAGGGAUGGAGUGUUGCCCUAAAGGUCAGCUCACAAGCAGGAUACAAGUACUGCCGAGAAAACUUCUUAUCUGGAAGAAUACUACAGGAGAUUUCGAGCAUGAAGAGACAAUUUGCCGAGCUGCUAUCUGAUAUUGGUUUUGUGAAGGAAGGACUAAGAGCCAGAUACAUUGAAAAGAUGUCAUCACGAGGAGGGGAUGGAAUUAUUGAGGCCACUGGCCAAGAGGCAAACUCCAAUGCAGAAAACAUGAAGUUAAUUUCAGCAAUGUUGUGUGCUGCCCUCUACCCAAAUGUUGUCCAGGUGACCUCUCCUCAGAGUAAGUACGCAAAGACUAUGUCUGGUACAGUGAAAGUACUACCAAAACCAGAAGAACUGCACUUCAUCACAAAGAAUGAUGGAAAUGUCCACAUCCAUCCUUCUUCAGUGAACUAUCAGGUUCGACACUUUGAAAGUCCUUAUUUGGUAUACCAUGAGAAGGUGAAAACCAGCAGAGUCUUCCUGAGAGACUGCAGCAUGGUUUCUGUAUACCCUCUAGUGCUGUUUGGCGGUGGCCAGGUCAGUGUGGAACUUGAGAGAGGGCAGUUCAUCAUCUGUCUCGACGAUGGAUGGAUUCGAUUUGCUGCAGCUUCCCCUCAGAUUGCUGAGCUUGUUAAAGAGCUUCGCUGGGAAUUAGAUCAGCUGCUGGAAGAUAAAAUUAAGAAACCCAAUAUGGACUUGUGUACUUGUCCACGGGGAUCGCUCAUCAUUGACAUGAUUGUUAAACUUAUAACCACUCAAUAAGAACCAAGCUGGGAAAAUGUUAUUUACCAAGAUGACAUUUAGAUGCACCGAGAACUUGGAGGAAGAACUGCUCAACCAUUUGCACUAUCUUCCUAAACACUGGCUACUGAAUUUCAAUUUCCUUGUAAGCAUUUAAAGUGAUGAUAAAAAUGAUUGUGAACUGGUUGGUCUAGCUAUGUCAUGUAUGCACAAGUUUUUGAAUCAUUGAAACAAACAAAACCUACAGGGUUGAUUUAAUAAAUGAUAUGUGACUGACAAUUCUGAGCUACACCAAGUUUUUAAAGGAAGUUUAAGGAAGUAGAACAUUUUUACUGUUCAACACGAUGCAUUUGGAAAAUUGCAGAAGUGGAUCAUUAUGUUUACCAGCCAAAAUCUUCACAUUAAUUUAAAUGAGGGCUAUCAGCUUCACUUCAGCAGCAUGUAGCUUUUCCCAGAAAAAUGCUAACUUGCAAACAUUAGUUUUGCAUAAUGGAGUCACUGCUGCUGCAUUUGAGAUUUUGGUUAUUUGGGCUGCUCUCAAAGUUUUUGAAUCAGGUACAGAAGAAAUAUAAAAUGUAUGACUGUCACACUUUCAUCCCUGCGAUACAGGAUAAAUAAAUAUUUUAAGAACUAAGAA